GUCUUGUCCACCCUCUGCGCGUUCAGGUAUACUACUACCCAGGCCUACAAGGUCUACCUACACGGUAGUCUACUCCGUAUUUUCUAUUUGCGUCGAGGCUGUACUCUGGCUGAGUAUCAUCAACUCACCUGCUUACUUUAACACACCUAUAUCCAUAAAUCCAUAAAUUCAUACAUACAUCCAUAUACAUUUAUCUACUACCCUUCUCUUCUGUCCUCAUUUCAUUUCAUUCGUUCAUUCGUUCGUUCUGACCGGUUCCCCCUUAUCUAAAGUUACUUUCUCCAUACGAGGGUUAAUUCCUAUGACGACCGCCGAGCUCAAAACAGCCCAGAAGCUCGGCAGGCCUAACCUCGCAACCUGCCUACCGUUUCCGGGGGUUUAGCAAUUCUCAGCCUAUCCGCAGCCUGGAACACUAAUUCGUAAUAAAGCCUCCUCUCGCUGUUUUUUGCCCUUAUAAUACGUUCCUUUCUCAAACCCCCAGAACCUCGGACGGGAAUAGCAGUAUCAAGCGAAUCCCCGCUCGUUCUGCGUUAUACUUGCACAUGUUAGCCUUUGUUUGCUAUCGACGGGAUUAAUUGGGCGGGUCUGUCGGUUACUUUAGAGCAGCUAAUACUGCUGAGCACUUUGUAUAUCAAGAUUCCCACAGGAGUUUAAAAGAGGCCUUCGUAAACCUCCAAAAGUGCGAGAUGUGCCAUUAUGGCACACAAUCCAGAUUCUGAUCAACAUAAACGAAAACGAGAUAUAUCCGAUGACAAUGCUGACCGCAUACCACAACCGCCUCCGCCUCAGCCAGGCAACAUAGCCCCUAUAAACUAUCUAUCUAAAGCCCACUCGGUGAAGCUCAAACUCAUCCAGGGUGACAGCGAUACAUUUUCCGAUGUUCUUGCUUUAGUUAAUGAAUACGAGGGGGUGUUGAAUAGACAUGAAAGUCUGGCAUCUAAUUUAGGCGCAAAGCUGACAGGCAGUCGUUUACUGAAGGCGAUGGAGGGAGCUUUCGAAGGUUCAAUAACGACAACUCCGGCGCAGACAGCAUUUAGUCCGGAUACCGUUACAUGGCUCGACAUUGUCGAGUUUGCCAAAGCGAAGCCUGGUGAAUUUGUGUUGACACCCACUCCCAACGGGGCGCGUUGUUGCCAAUUUCCCCUAAAAGGUGUCCAGGUAGAAAUUGGAGAAGAUGAUUGGAGACUCAUAGUUUCUGGUGCUCUGGACAGGUUUAGGCUUGUACCGCCACAGCCACUAGAGGAAGAUGAAACUGCAGAGUUGGCAACUCUCGAGAUUGUUGAACAGCGUUUACAAGUCUUGAUCAAGAAGGCAGACGAGGUGGCGCGUAGGGCCCGCCAACUCAACUACCACUUAAUCGGACGAAAGGCAUCGAUACACACGCGUCGCGCAUCGCAAUCAGCCCCCGGUCCAGGCUUUCAAGCUGUAAAUCAAUCAAUGGGUUCCGGGGCCAAUCCAGGUUACGACCUACAUGCUGACCUUCUCCAACAAUUUCAAGCGCCUUCACAAUCUUCUGGUCACCGGAUAUCCUCCGCCAGCUCUAUCCCACCGACGCCCAACGCUAUCGUGACUUCUACAUCAACACCAAGAGCACCCAUACAGCAACAAUCAUUGCUCAACAGCAACCGGCCAUCCCCUGGAUAUUCUGCUGAGCCGGCAGUGAGGGAUAUUGAAGAAGAGAACCGCGCCCUAGUCACGGCCAAAAUCGAGAAACUAGCACGCGGUGACUCUAUCCAACCACCAUGUGACCGGUGUCGAAGGCUCAAAACGCAAUGCAUUAAACAUUUGACAGCUUGUCAAGGAUGCACGAAAAAGCAUGCCAGAUGCGUAUGGAAGGGACUUACGGAAGAGGAGGUGACAUGGCUCAAAGGAGAAGCAAAUGGGGAUGGAGAUGACGACGGGGAAGAGCCAAGGGAUUUUGGUAGAACCGGAUUUGGAUCUCAAUCUCACCCAGAAUUCGGGGAACACCAAAGAGAAUCGGAACGUAGCGAAGAACCUAGUUCGAGUAGACCAGGGUCGAGGAUAGCUAUUGGUAGGCCUGUGGACGAUGUAUGGCGUAAAGGACCGGACAUAUCAAUGGGCAGUCGGCAUGAAUCUAUGGAAAUAGAUCCAAGAGAUAUCCGACAGGGGCAAGAAUACGCAAGAAAGGAGGUACCGAGUGGAACAUUCAGGGAACAAAAGUCAAUACUUAGUCAUAUGGCUUCGGCGGCUUCGGCAGCGGCAGAUGCUGCUGCGAUCUCGCGCGGGAGUCAACGUAUUUCAAGUGAAUAAAUGAAUGAACGAGGUUAUGCUUAUGGAUAGAUCAGGUGUAUAUAGAGAUGGAGAAUCUGUACGCAUGUAUGCAGAUUGGUUAUAAAGUAGUUGGUAUAUACAUAUACACAGUAUAUAUUCUGGAGGCAACGUAUAUAGUCGACAUGAUGACUGCUAGCUGUGGGACUUAUCUGGUUCGAA